UACGUUAUGGAGAAAUUACUUUCAUCCCAGAAUAAAAAAGUUGAUAUCAGAUCUGCUGUGAUGUGGAUAAUAGUUUAUUCACUCAUUUCAAAUAUGAGGCUAGGCUCGACGGAGCUGAUCCCAACCCCGUUCUUUUCAUGUCGCCGCCGCCACUUCCCAAUACUUCAACUUCACAUACCCGCCGGACCAGUGCCGCCGAGCCGCCGCCGCAAUUGGGUCGUCAGUUCAAGCCGUCAGAAAUCUCCGAUUGCAAUUUAUGGCAGCGUCAACGAGAGGACAUGUUUUGAUAUGUUGUGCAAAUGGCUCUCUAGACUUGUUUCCUUUUACUUGCUAUCUCUGAAUCUGGCUGCUGCAGCCUCUGAUUAUCCAACUCCCUCUACUUAUCCCUGUGAGGACAUUAGCAAUUACUAUACUCCCGUAAAGAAUUUAGGAUUAACUGGUGAAGCACUAAAGAGACAAUUGAAUAGCAUCAUUGCCCCACACCAUUCCUUGUCCUACCGAGAGAAACAGGUGUGGGAUGCCCUUAAGGUUCUUGAUGCUGCGGAUGUUAAUAACCCAGAAGCUUCGUCUGAAAUAGUUGAAAUUUACUCCUUGAGAGUUGUCCCAAAACGGUUAUCAGGAAAACCAGAGGGAUGGAACAGGGAACAUCUAUGGCCUCGUUCUUAUGGGCUGACCAAAGGUCCAUCUUUGACUGACUUACAUAACAUUCGGCCUGCUGAUGCAAAUGUCAAUUCAUCAAGGGGGAACAAGUACUAUGGUGAAUGCGUUACUAGCUCAACCAAAUGUUUGAGGCCAGCUAACAAAGAAGCUGCUUUCGACACUGAAACAGACAAGCAGAGCUGGGCACCACCUGUGCAGGUUAGAGGAGAUAUAGCAAGGGCAUUAAUGUACAUGGCAGUUUGUUAUGGUUUCCGGCAACCAGGGGAAAGUCCAGGUCUUCAACUCUCGGAUACCCCUAACAUUGAAAACAGAGAGAUGGGUCUCCUUACCACUUUAUUAAAAUGGAAUGAGGUUGAUCCACCUUCAAGGGAAGAAAAAUUGAGAAAUGAGAGGAUCUGCAAAUUUUAUCAGCAUAAUCGGAAUCCUUUUGUUGAUCAUCCGGAGUAUGCCAAUCUUAUAUGGAAGAAAGCUUAUUGAUGACAUGCAAAGCAGGGUAAAUGAGACAACUAGAGAUGGACAGAAAGGAGAAAAAAAAACUCAAUACACAAAAUAAUCACUUCACUUGACCGAUAUUAAAGAGUUGCUUAAGAGAAUGUGGAAAAGAAAGAUGAAGAAUGUUAUUUAGUUUGAAAGGUUAGAGUCAACCUUCAAUGGAUCUUUAGAGCAGAACAAUUCUUCUGUUAUUAUGUCGGAUGAUCAUCGUUUAACUAUUGUUGUCAUUCGUAUAUAGUCAAAGAGGUGGGUCGGUUGUUCUUACUUGCACCAAUCUCCUUCAUUCGUGGGUUGCUUCUAUACGUGUUCUUGAAAUGGAAUUUCGAUCUCCACC